AUGUCCGCUGAUGCACGAGAAGCGGUCGAGAAGCGGUCCGGGGAGACCGACGAAUGCGCGGCACAGGCCCAGUUCCUUAGAAACGAGCAGCGUCUGCAGCGGAAUUUGCCGCUCAAAGAGCAGUACGACGCCGUUAUCGAGGAAUAUUUAGAGCUAGGCCACAUGACAGCGGUUACACCCAGUCAUGACUCCGGCCAUUACUACCUUCCACAUCACGGCGUGUUUAAACCCGACAGCACCACAACCAAACUGCGCGUGGUCUUCAACGCCUCCAGCCCGUCUUCCAACGGGAAAAGCCUCAACGACACAUUGCAUUCGGGGCCAGUCCUUCAGUCUGACUUGACCAUGCAAAUCCUGAGGUGGCGAGUCUUCAGCUGUGUCUUCAAUGCCGACAUCAGCAAGAUGUACCGCCAGAUCCAAGUGUCUUCCCAACACACGCCCUAUCAGCGAAUACUCUUUCGCGACCGUAAUGGACAAUUGCGCACCGUACCUCGCCCUUCGCGUCAUUAA